GAGUGUUGUGUGUGAAGUCGGGAAAAGUUUGGAUUCCCCACAAAAGUUUUGGAAGCAACUCAAAACAUCUGACUCCCAACCAUCCGUCAAUUGCCAUCUUCCCUCAAUUCAUCUUCUCUUCGUCUCAAUUGAUCCAAGUUCCGAUCUCAUAGAUUCCCGUAACCAUGCCGUCCAAAGGAAAAGUCUGCCUCGCCUACUCCGGUGGUUUGGAUACCUCGACCAUCUUGAAAUGGCUGCUUCAGGAGGGCUACGAGGUGGUCUGCUUCCUCGCCAAUGUCGGCCAGGAGGAAGACUGGGACCAGGUGCGUGAGAAGGCCAACAAGCUUGGUGCAUCCAAGAUGGUCAUUACCGACCUGCGCCGCGAGUUCGUCGAGCAGUUGUGCUUCCGCGCCAUCCAAUGCAAUGCCAUCUACGAGAGCAGGUACUUGCUUGGCACCAGUCUUGCUCGUCCGGUCAUUGCUCGCGCGCAGAUGCAGGUUGCUAAGGAGGAAGGAUGUCAAUUUGUUAGCCAUGGCUGCACUGGCAAAGGCAACGACCAAGUCCGCUUCGAACUGGCUUUCCUCACUAUUGAUCCUAAGAUCAAGAUCAUUGCUCCAUGGAGGAUGCCCGAGUUCUUCGAGCGCUUCCAGGGCCGCAAUGACCUGCUGGACUAUGCUGCUGAACAGGGCAUUCCGGUCACGUCGACCAAGGCGAAGCCGUACAGCAUGGACGACAACAUCGCCCACUGCAGCUACGAGAGCGGACAGUUGGAAGAUCCUUCCAAACCGCCCCCUACUGACAUGUGGACCCGUACCGAUGAUCCCAUGAAGGCUCCUGCUACUCCCCAGGAUGUUACCAUCAUCUUCGAGAAAGGUCUUCCAGUUAAGGUCAUUUCGGAGGGUAAGGAGGUGACCGAUAGCUUGGAGCUCUUCAUCUUCCUCAAUGCCAUUGGCAAGAAGCACGGCAUUGGCAGGAUCGACAUCGUUGAGAACCGUUUCGUCGGAAUCAAAUCGAGAGGAUGUUACGAUUCGCCCGCCAUGACCAUUCUGCGAGAUGCCCAUCUUGAUAUCGAAGGUCUAGUCAUGGACGGAAAGGUUCGGUCCCUGCGAGAUCAGUUCGUGACCCACUCAUGGUCUGAGAUUCUGUAUAACGGCAUGUAUUUCUCGCCCGAGCGCGAAUUUGUCGAGAACUCUCUGCUCUUCGCCCAGAGGCGCGUGAACGGCGAGGUCCGACUCCGCUGCUACCGUGGCAACUGCUACAUCACUGGCCGGUCCUCGGAAACCGAGAAGCUGUACUCCGAGGAGGAGUCUUCCAUGGAUAGCUUGGUGGACUUCAGCCCGGUUGAUACGACCGGCUUCAUCAACAUCCAAUCCAUUCGUCUCAAGAAGUAUGGAAUGCAGAAGUUGGAGGAGGGAAGUGGCUUGGACAAAGCCUAGGUCGAAGGCGGAAGCACUAAGGCCAGUAGCUAGGGUUCGGAGCUUCUCAGGUUGAACUUGGCAUUGAUACAUGCCAUAAUGAGGAGUUGCUAUAUGUCUGUGUUUGUGUCUCGAUACAACAAUUCGUGAGGAUCGCAGUCAAUGGGAUGCCUUCACUGAACGCAAUGUCGCACGGUUCGGGGUGUUCGAUGGUUCAACGAAAAUACAUGAUCAUCGGAUUAUUAGAG